AUGCACCUAAGACACACCCAGCAGCACCAGGACCUACUCAAUACCCUUCGCAAGCACCCUUGGCACAGAGAAAAAGCCUUGAAGACACUGCAACAAUUGGUAGCAAACUUCCAGCAAUUCUUGCAAAGUCAAGCCGUAAUCAAUAACCAGAACUCGCAAGCAAUUAAUGACAUCAGAGGGUCAAUUACAAGGCUGACCACAAAUUUGAUUGUUCGAGAGAAAGGGAAGUUCCCUGCGCAGGCACAACUUAAUCCACAAGGCCAAGUCCAACAAAAUUAUGUUGAAGCUAAAAGUUUAAACAUUAAACCAGUAAAAGCAAUCACCACUUUGAGUGGUAGAGUGGUGGAUAUCCCUACUCAAGGGCCAGACAAAACUAGUAAAGUUUCUAACCCUUCUCAAGAUGAAGUUAAAAAAAAUCAGCAGCACCUAAAAAAGAGGAAACUAAGUGUGAAAAAGAAAGCCUUUCUCAUUGAGCAAGUCAAUGAAAUCAUACAGAGCAAUACCCCACCUAAAUACAAGGAUCCGGGUUCACCCACUAUUGCUUUCAUGAUUGAGAAUUCUAAAAUUGGUCUUGCAUUGCUAGAUCUAGGGUCUAGUGUGAACUUGCUGCCUUACAAUGUUUAUGAAAAGCUUGGUUUAGGCGAAUUAAAACCUACCUCAAUUACUCUACAACUAGCUAAGAGGUCAAUCAAGAUACCUAGAGGUGUGGUUAAAGAUGUUUUAAUUCAAGUUGAUAAGUUCUAUUAUCCUGUUGACUUUGUUGUUCUUGACAUACAACUUUCAACUAAUUCUAUGUUUCAAGCACCUGCAAUUUUGGGAAGGCAGCCCCAUGAAGUGGAAGAAGUGCAUGAAGUAAACUUGUUAGAAAGCAUUCUUUCUGAAACUCCACCACUGUCCUACCAUUCUACUGAUCCAUUAAUUGAUUUAAAAGAUAAUUUUGAUCCAAUUGACACCUUUAAUGAUUUUUCUUCUACUUCAUUUAUAGGAAACCAAGCUAAUUUGCAUUGGAAGCUCAAGUUUGAGCAACUUCCCCUAUUGAUAGCAACACUAAAACCUUCAGAGUAG